AUGGUUAUGCUGAAGAUAAAAUCGUUUAAUGCGAGAAUAAUGGCAUGUCAUUCUACGGACUUUGAGGUUCAUAGAAAUUGGCUUGCUAUCACAUACUGCACCAACAUAUCGGAGUGGUACAGUGAGGCUACAAGCAAGUGGACUUUGGAUUAUCCCCCCUUCUUUGCCUAUUUUGAGUGGGCUCUGGCACAAAUUGGUAGCAAAUUGGACCCUAAAAUGGUGGUUCUGUCUACUGAGACCUACUCCUCAUUAACUACAAUUUACUUCCAACGUAUAACGGUUUUAUUGUCUGAAUGCCUCCUCCUUUAUUCAAUUUACAUUCACUUUCAGUACAACGGAUUUCUCUUUGGCAUACUAUUCCUAUCCAUCCUCAAAGCCUUUCAGGGAAAUUUCCUAUGGAGUGGAUUUUGGUUUUCUGUUUUGCUCAACUUCAAGCAUAUUUUCGUUUAUGUUGCUCCCGUCUACUUUGUUUUUAUGCUCUUUCAUUACUGCCUAAAGAGAGAGAGUGGUCGAGUCAAAGUUGUGCUUGGCCGUUUGUUCCUAAUGGCUGCAGUUGUUGGUAUUGUAUUCACAGUCUCUUUGGCGCCUUUUAUCUAUUGGGGUAAAUUGGCAGAGUUGCUUGCAAGGUUAUUUCCGUUUCAACGUGGUUUGUGCCACUCCUAUUGGGCUCCAAACUUCUGGGCUUUGUACAAUGCUGCGGAUAAGAUGUUUAGUGCCUCUGGUAUGUUUUAUUACUUGGGAUGA